AGCACAAACCUUGAGCAACCCUCUCUUCUGCUACUUCCAACAAAGAAAGAAAUGGAGAGAGCACCUAGAGUGGAAGAACACAAGUCAGCAGACCAAGUUGCUGAAGCUGGUCACGCCGAUGAUAUAGCAUCUCUAAAGUUGGGUCUUGAUGCACCAAAAGGCGAAGGAGCUAAGCCUCCAGAGGCCAAACCUGAGGCUACUCCACACAGGACUUUCUCCUGCAACUACUGCACGAGAAAGUUCUUCAGCUCGCAGGCACUCGGCGGGCACCAGAACGCACACAAGAAGGAGAGGUGUGCAGAGAGGAAGUCACACAGCUUUCGGCAACUGAUGAUGGGCCUUCCUCUACGUACUACCUUUCUCCAACCUAUGGGCGUUAACUCCCACUCCACAAUCCUGAAGGAGCAUGGUGAAAGAGCUGCUGUUGUCGUAGCAAGAUCUGAUGGAGGCCAAAUGAGUGGCUGGAUGCCUUUUGCAAUUGAAGAAGCUGGAGGGUUAGUGUGGCCAGGGAGCUUCAAAGUAAAUUCUCAGGAGUCGAAGAAGCAAACAGAGAAAAAUCUUGACUUGACCCUGCGCUUGUAAAUUUGUAAUUCACCGGUAGACAAUUAUAUAUAAGCAGUU